AACGGCGCGGAUGGCGGCGGAUCCCGUCGCCCCUCGCCCGCCGCACGGCCCGCGCUCCUCCCCGGGGUCCUUGGAGGCACGCGGCGCGCGGGCUGCCCUCGGCGCGCCUGAUGCAGCGCCGCGGCUUGCGAGGCCCCCUCGGACCGCGCGUCAGGCCCCGCCCCGCCUCGGCGCCCAGGCCCGGCCGGAUCUCCGCCGCUGCCCUCACCGCCGGCGAGAUGUGCGCCUCGGCGCUGUCGCUGGAGCAGCUGCGCGGCCUGACCGAGCUGCCGGAGCUGGAGGCGGCCUACGGGCGACUGUGCCGCGAGGAGGGCGAGACGCGGGCGGAGUUGGAGCAGCUGCUGGAGCAGCGCGGCGCCCUGGAGGGGAAGGUGGCGGCGCUGCACCGGAUGGGCCCCAACCUGCAGCUGAUCGAGGGGGACGCGCAGCAGCUGGGGGGCACCAUCGCCUUCACCUGCCGCCUGGCCGAGAACGUCAGCAGCAAGGUCCGCCAGCUGGACCUGGCCAAGAACCGCCUCUACCAGGCCAUCCAGAGAUCAGAUGAUAUUUUGGACCUGAAGUUCUGCACCGAUGGUGUCCAGGCGGCCCUGAAGAGUGAAGACUACGAGCAGGCGGCAGCUCACGUCCACCGCUACCUCUCUUUGGACAAGUCGGUCAUUGAGCUGAGCAGGCAGGGCCAGGAGGGCACCAUAACUGAUGCCAACUUGAAGCUCCUGCAAGAAGCAGAACAGCAGCUGAAGACAAUUGUUACUGAAAAAUUUGAUGUUGCCAUGAAGCAGGAAGACCUGCUCCAAGUGGAACGCUUCUUCAAGAUCUUCCCCCUGCUGGGCCUGCAUGAUGAGGGGCUGAGUAACUUCUCCAGAUACCUUUGCAAGCAGGUUGCUAACAAAGCAGAAGAGAAUUUACAAUUAGCGUUACAGACUGACCCAACAGACCGGCGAUAUGCAGUCCUGUUUGCAGACACGCUGACGCUCCUUUUCGAAGGGAUUGCACGUAUUGUGGAGACCCACCAGCCCAUCGUGGAGACGUACUAUGGACCUGGCAGGCUUUAUGCUUUGAUCAAGCAUCUGCAGGCGGAAUGUGACCAGCAGGUGGAGAAGGUGGUGGAGAAGUUCAUCCAGCAGAGAGACUAUCGUAGGCAGUUCCAGCACGUUCAGAGCAGCGUGAUGAGGAGCGUGGCGGGAGAAAAGAUCGAACCAAGGGAGCUUGACCCUAUUUUAACCGAGGUCACCAUGAUGAAUGCCCGCAGCGAACUCUACCUGAGAUUCAUCAGGAGACGCAUCACCUCUGACUUUGAGGUGGGAGAUUCUAUGGCCUCCGAGGAGGUGAAGCAAGAGCAUCAGAAGUGCCUGGACAAACUGCUCCACAAUUGCUUUCUGAGCUGUGCCAUGCAAGAGUUGAUUGGUUACUAUAUCACCAUGGAAGAGUACUUUAUGAGAGAGACUGUGAAUAAGGCUGUGGCCAUGGACACCUGUGAGAAGGGUCAGCUAACCUCAAGCAUGGUGGAUGAUGUUUUCUACAUCGUGAAGAAAUGCAUCGGGAGGGCUCUUUCCAGCUCCAGCAUCGACUGUCUCUGUGCCAUGAUCAACCAUUCCAUCACUGAGCUUGAGUCAGAGUUCAGGGAGAUCCUGGGCCACAAGCUGCGGGUGGGCUUCCCAGCCACCCCUUUCCAGGAUUUCCAGAGGGGAGUGACCAGUGCCGUGAGCCUCAUGCAGAGCAGCCUGCAGCAGGGGAAGUUCGACUCUAAAGGCAUCGAGAGCACUGAUGAGGCUAAGCAGUCCUUCCUGGUGACUUUAAACAACGUGGAGGCCUGCAGCGAGAACAUAAUGACACUGAAGAAGACCCUGGAGAGUGACUGUUCGGAGCUCCUCAGCCAGGGCUUUGGAGGAGAGCAGGCUCAGCUCAAGCUGGAGAGCUGCCUUUCGGACAUGGAUGCUGUCUCCAGCAAGUUUCGUGACCUGCUACAGGAAGGCCUGAAUGAACUCACCAACUCAGCAGUCAAACCGCAUGUGAAGCCCUGCAUUAAUCUCUUCCUGUCUGUAUCCCACAACAUUGAGGAGGAAGAGUUUAAUGACUAUGAAGCCAACGACCCCUGGGUGCAGCAGUUCAUUCUUAACCUGGAGCAGCAGAUGGUGGAGUUCAAGGCAGGACUCUCCCCUGUGAUCUACGAUAGCCUCACCAGCCUGAUGACCAGUUUAGUAGCUCUGGAGCUGGAGAAGGUUGUUCUCAAGUCCACCUUCAGUCGGCUUGGCGGGCUGCAGUUUGACAAAGAACUGAGGUCCCUGAUAGCCUACCUGACUACAGUCACCACCUGGACCAUCCGUGACAAGUUUGCCCGGCUCUCCCAGAUGGCGACCAUUCUCAACCUGGAGAGGGUAACGGAGAUCCUGGAUUACUGGGGACCCAAUUCGGGCCCUCUGACGUGGUGCCUGACACCAGCAGAGGUCCGCCAAGUGCUGGCCCUCCGGAUGGAUUUUCGUAAUGAAGACAUCAAACGGCUGCGCCUGUAGCCAUCCGAGAGGAGCUUCCUUUUUUAAAAAUGUGUCGCCUCUUCCUGCCAGGACUGGCUGCUAAAGCAGAUAGAAGCUCAGCCACUCGCCGUCUUGCUAGGGAAAAUGGGACGCUGUUUUGUUGAAAAGUGAAAGUAGGAAACCUCAGCUAGGUUUGGGCCUCUUAACUUACCUGGUUUGUGCAAGCUGCCCAGCAUCCUGGGCUUGGGAGGUGCUGUCAAUUCAUGGCAGCCCCCCCCCCCGAAAAAAGGUUCCCGGGACCAUGAUUAAAGGACCCCUUCCUCUUGGGGCUUGGCUCUCCGCUGUGGUUGGUAAGGAGUUUGGCCUGAGCUUUGGCCAGAGCCACCUCCUGGUACCUUUCACUGGUGCUGAGACCAACGGGGAGAUGGCCAAAUUAGCUGACAGACCCAAAGGAAUUUAAAAUAAACCUCUUCAUACCAUAA